AUGCAGGUGCCCCCUAUACAAGUACAAGCACAUCAUGCAGGUACCCCCUACACAAGUACAAGCACACUCUACAGGUGCCCCCUAUACAAGUACAAGCACACUCUACAGGUGCCCCCUAUACCAGUACAAGCACAUCAUGCAGGUGCCCCCUAUAUCAGUACAAGCACACUCUACAGGUGCCCCCUAUACAAGUACAAGCACACUCUACAGGUGCCCCCUAUACCAGUACAAGCACAUCAUGCAGGUACCCCCUAUACAAGUACAAGCACACUCUACAGGUGCCCCCUAUACCAGUCCAAGCACAUCAUGCAGGUGCCCCCUAUACCAGUACAAGCACACUCUACAGGUGCCCCCUAUACAAGUACAAGCACACUCUACAGGUGCCCCCUAUACAAGUACAAGCACAUCAUGCAGGUACCCCCUAUACAAGUACAAGCACACUCUACAGGUGCCCCCUAUACAAGUACAAGCACACUCUACAGGUGCCCCUUAUAUCAGUACAAGCACAUCAUGCAGGUGCCCCCUAUACCAGUACAAGCACACUCUACAGGUGCCCCCUAUACAAGUACAAGCACACUCUACAGGUGCCCCCUAUACCAGUACAAGCACAUCAUGCAGGUGCCCCCUAUAUCAGUACAAGCACAUCAUGCAGGUGCCCCCUAUACAAGUACAAGCACAUCAUGCAGGUACCCCCUAUACAAGUACAAGCACACUCUACAGGUGCCCCCUAUACAAGUACAAGCACACUCUACAGGUGCCCCCUAUACCAGUACAAGCACAUCAUGCAGGUGCCCCCUAUAUCAGUACAAGCACAUCAUGCAGGUGCCCCCUAUACAAGUACAAGCACAUCAUGCAGGUACCCCCUAUACAAGUACAAGCACACUCUACAGGUGCCCCCUAUACAAGUACAAGCACACUCUACAGGUGCCCCUUAUAUCAGUACAAGCACAUCAUGCAGGUGCCCCCUAUAUCAGUACCAGCACAUCAUGCAGGUGCCCCCUAUACCAGUACAAGCACACUCUACAGGUGCCCCCUAUACAAGUACAAGCACACUCUACAGGUGCCCCCUAUACCAGUACAAGCACAUCAUGCAGGUGCCCCCUAUAUCAGUACAAGCACAUCAUGCAGGUGCCCCCUAUACAAGUACAAGCACAUCAUGCAGGUACCCCCUAUACAAGUACAAGCACACUCUACAGGUGCCCCCUAUACAAGUACAAGCACACUCUACAGGUGCCCCCUAUACCAGUACAAGCACAUCAUGCAGGUGCCCCCUAUAUCAGUACAAGCACAUCAUGCAGGUGCCCCCUAUACAAGUACAAGCACAUCAUGCAGGUACCCCCUAUACAAGUACAAGCACACUCUACAGGUGCCCCCUAUACAAGUACAAGCACACUCUACAGGUGCCCCUUAUACCAGUACAAGCACAUCAUGCAGGUACCCCCUAUACCAGUACAAGCACAUCAUGCAGGUACCCCCUAUACCAGUACAAGCACACUCUACAGGUGCCCCCUAUACCAGUACAAGCACAUCAUGCAGGUACCCCCUAUACCAGUACAAGCACACUCUACAGGUGCCCCUUAUACCAGUACAAGCACAUCAUGCAGGUGCCCCCUAUACAAGUACAAGCACACUCUACAGGUGCCCCCUAUACAAGUACAAGCACACUCUACAGGUACCCCCUAUACCAGUACAAGCACAUCAUGCAGGUACCCCCUAUACAAGUACAAGCACACUCUACAGGUGCCCCUUAUAUCAGUACAAGCACACUCUACAGGUGCCCCCUAUACCAGUACAAGCACACUCUACAGGUGCCCCCUAUACAAGUACAAGCACACUCUACAGGUGCCCCCUAUACCAGUCCAAGCACAUCAUGCAGGUGCCCCCUAUACAAGUACAAGCACACUCUACAGGUACCCCCUAUACCAGUACAAGCACAUCAUGCAGGUACCCCCUAUACAAGUACAAGCACACUCUACAGGUGCCCCCUAUACCAGUCCAAGCACAUCAUGCAGGUGCCCCCUAUACCAGUACAAGCACACUCUACAGGUGCCCCCUAUACAAGUACAAGCACACUCUACAGGUGCCCCCUAUACCAGUACAAGCACACUCUACAGGUGCCCCCUAUACCAGUACAAGCACACUCUACAGGUGCCCCCUAUACCAGUACAAGCACACUCUACAGGUGCCCCCUAUACAAGUACAAGCACACUCUACAGGUGCCCCCUAUACCAGUACAAGCACACUCUACAGGUGCCCCCUAUACAAGUACAAGCACACUCUACAGGUGCCCCCUAUACCAGUACAAGCACACUCUACAGGUGCCCCCUAUACAAGUACAAGCACACUCUACAGGUGCCCCCUAUACAAGUGCAAGCACACUCUACAGGUGCCCCCUAUACCAGUACAAGCACACUCUACAGGUGCCCCCUAUACAAGUACAAGCACACUCUACAGGUGCCCCCUAUACCAGUACAAGCACACUCUACAGGUGCCCCCUAUACAAGUACAAGCACACUCUACAGGUGCCCCCUAUACCAGUACAAGCACACUCUACAGGUGCCCCCUAUACCAGUUCAAGCACACUCUACAGGUGCCACCUAUACCAGUACAAGCACACUCUACAGGUGCCCCCUAUACCAGUACAAGCACACUCUACAGGUGCCCCCUAUACAAGUACAAGCACACUCUACAGGUGCCCCCUAUACCACUACCAGUACAAGCACACUCUACAGGUGCCCCCUAUACCAGUACAAGCACACUCUACAGGUGCCCCCUAUACAAGUACAAGCACACUCUACAGGUGCCCCUUAUACCAUGUAUACCAGUCCAAGCACUGUGACCAUGCAGGUGCUAGUUGUCUUGCCUGCCUUCAGUGUACAGAGGAGUUGUAUUUGA